CAGCGGGGAACAAGGGAUCCAUAGGAACUCCAUCAAGAAAUCUCGGUCAAUUUCAAGGUGGAAUCAAGGUCGUCGAGAAUAGUCGAAGGGAGAACCUUAUGGGUCAAGGUAGCUAAUAUUCUAUGGGGGUGUGAGCUGAUCAGAAUAAGGUUCUGGAAGGAGCCAAGCGGUUAGUACAUCAACUGGCAGAGCCAAGGAGUUAUGGCAAAUGUCGCCAUAAUCGAGAGGAAAGGGUGCAAGGAAGGGUCGUGGAGUUCAUGAGAAUUGAACAUAGGGCUACAACCCCAAGGAGCAGCUGAAAGUUAGACUUUGAAAAAUACUAAGGCCACCUAAGCAAGCAAAGGAAGGAAUGAGUAUAUCAUGGGCAGCCUAACAAGAUGUCAGGGGAUCAAUACAUCAAGGCUAGAAGGAGGUGCAACUCCUUGAAAGAGAUCAUCACAAGUGAAACUUGGAGUCGUCACCUCGAACAAAUUUCGAGGUCGAAAUUUUUCUUAAGGAGGGGGGGGGGGGAAAUGUGAUGUCUCGAUUUUUUGGAUUUAGGUUCAACAUCAACUACCAGGAGAAUUGGAUCAACAGGACAAGCCGAAUUGGCAUUUUGUUUCACCAUGUUUGGAUCAAGCUGGGGAGUAAAAAGGGUAGUGAGACACUUAUGGUUACACGAGUGCUGCAAGCUAAGAAAACUUAUUUGAGCAAAAGGUACCAACGAAGUUGUUAUAGUAAAAAUAGAUGAUUGUGGGAAGGAAGUAUAAGAAGGGUGUUGGUAGAGGGGUGAGUUCCGAGCAAAUUUCGGGGACGAAAUUUUUAUAAGGGUGGAGGAAAUGUUACACCCCGAUCUUUAUAAGGGUCAAAAUGACUAUUUUACCCUUGGUUUAUCUUGUCAAGUUCCACCGUAGUAUUGGUGAGGAUUAAAAACGUGAAGUACUGGUUCGAACGGGGCCGAAUUUCGAUGUAAAACGACGAAGUUAUGGACGUUGGUUGAUUUCUUUAAGUUCGAACCAAGACCCAAUUAGAAAUCUGAGCAGAGUGGGUCUGGUUUUGGAUUUGUGGGCUUCCAGGUGAGGAGGUUAAAACGAAUUGGGCUUAAGCCCGUUAUAAGAAUUGAUGAAGAAGGUUGGCUUUGGGCCGGGAAAGAAAAGAAGAGGAGGUAAUGGUGGCGGGCUAGUGGCCCGAGUUGAGAAGAGAGAAGGAGAAGAGGAGUGGUCUUAGCCCGAAACGAGGAAAGGAGAGGGGGAUGGGCUUGCCUGCCGGCCUGGACGAAUGAAGAAGGAUGCAGGUCUUUGGCCCGAGUGAGAGAGAGUGGGGGAAAGGGCGGUGGCCCAAAAGAGGAAGAGGAUUCACUCUCCUCUAGGCAAAGUCGACCGGCGCAGAAGGGAGGUGGAGCGGCGGUGAAGCGGAAGCGAAGCUCACCGGGAAAACGGAUGUAACGGAAAUAUCUAAGUUGAGGCUUUUAAUUGGGGAUUUAAGGAUUUUGUUGUCUAGAAAAGGGAAUGGAUUGGUUCCCUCAUCAACAAAAACAAACGCGAGGAAAGAAGAGUGAGAGAGGCGAGAGAAACGAGCUGGAGAAGCAGAGAACGAGUUGAGGAGAGGAGCUCAGUGGUUGUCUCGUUGGUCUAGACCCGAAAUUGGAAUGAAGAGGACGACGCGGUCCCUGAAGAGAGGAGGAAGGUGAGCAAUCCGAGGACAUGCGAGGGGUCUCGGGAUCGCAGCGGCGACGAUGAAUCUCGAUGUUGACGUCGAAGUUUGCGUCGAUCCCGGCGUCGGUAAGGGGAUUAAUGAAGCAGGGGAAACGGAGAGGAUCCAGGUCUACCCUCCGAAACGACCAGGGGUGUUCGCGAUCCGUCAUUGGCCUCCGAACUGUGGGCCGAGGAGGGACGGUCGAGUUACCACCGGCGACGGUGGAGCUUUACUAGCGGCGACUUCCUGGGAGUUGCUGCCGGGGGAAGAGGAAGAGGAACCGGAGGAGUGCGACUGUUGUGGGUUCGAAGAUGGCGAGAAGGACGACGGCGUCGGUGGCCGAAGCCGCAACGUCGACGGCGGCGACGGUGUGCAGGUGAGAGUUCUCCUGCUUUAUUGGAAUUCCAUGGCAUCAAUUUGAAAAUUUGAUGAAUAGUUAGGGGCAUACAUGUCUUUUUGGAGUUGGGGCGAUUUUGUAAACGUUUCGAAGUUUAGGCGCCGUAAAGUAAUUGACCAGGCCUUGGGUGAGUUGGAAAUUGGUAAAUCUUUGGGUAUCGGAUUGGAAAUAAGCAGUUUGGACUAAAAUGUUUAAAUCAGAAAGUGGAAAUUGGUGUGGAGGACUGAAUUGAGCAAUUCUGGAAAUUUGGGGCCGAAUUGGUAAGACCCAGGGAUUUAGAGUACCAUUUGGUAAUUUGCUAUUUUGCGGCAAAAAGGUAAUUUUCCAGAAUUUCAUGGGGAAUUCUAUGAAAGGUUAAAUGAAGGAAAUUGGGAUUGGAAUCAACCAAAUUUGAGGUCGUUUGAUUGGUUACGCUUGUGGAAAGGAGUAUUAAGUUUUGCCUAAAUACUUAAUAGGAGAAUUUGCAAAAGGAGAUGAUUGAGCGUGGAGUCUCGGACGAUGGCAUGGAUCAACCGGCAAUAAAGAGGGGUCGUUUUGAUCGAUCAGGGUCGGCUAAUAAGGUGAGUGUAAAGGGGGUAAAAUCUCCAUCGAGGUCUUUUAGUUUAUGCCUUUUUAAUUCAGUUAUGUUAUUUAAUUUUCAAGUAAGCGCGAUUAUGUGUGUGAGGCAUCCCACCGCCUGUAAGGGUGGAGGCACGCGUUGUGCUAUGUAUGUGUGUGUUUAUGAUGUAUGGAUUGAUGGUAAUUGAACCCCCGGGCGGUUGGGCCACUACUGGACGCGGUAGAUGGUCGGGUCACUACUGGACGGCGAUACGUAACGCAGUAGUUGACCGGGCAUGGACUGGAUGGCAAUACGUAACGCAGUACCAUUGCCUUGAGGAUAGGGACACCGGAUGGCGAUACGUAACGCGGUGAUUCCCUAGUAAUAAGUAUAUAAGUUAAGGUAGUAGUAGAGAACUUCUAUGAUUUAAGGAUAAAAGUUGAGAACCUCUAUGAGUUAAAGUUGAAAUGAGUUGUUAAGGACGAAAGUGAGAACGACUUUCAUCUAAGGAAAGAAAACGCUAAUAACGUGUUUAAGUAAGGAGAUUCCUAAGGGAAGAGACCGUAGGAGGUAACGACGAGACUGACCCCUUCUCACUCACUAGGUUGAGGAAGGGAUAGCAGAGGUGAAUCCCGAGAAGAAGGAGUAAGACAGGGCAAGCUGUCACACCAGCAUGGACGAGACCUCAGGGAAUCAGCAAGGAGUUAGUGCCAUAGUUAAUUUCGUUGUUUGGUUCAUGAUUAUGAGUUUAUGUACUGGAGAUUCAAGGUUCAAGAUGCUGAGUUAAGUUGUUUAAGUAUUUGGAUUUUUAUUGCCCAAGUGUUAGGGCUUUUCGUUUGAACUUCUUAAAUAAUGCCAGUUUGUUUAU